GUUAAUUUCAUUAGAGUAAGGUGAGAUCACCAUCUGGAUAUUGCAUAUUAAAAAAUGUGCAUAUAAUUUUAUUGAGUUUCAUAAAGCCGGGGAGAGAACAAUUUCCUGUAACGCACAGGGCGAUAACCAGAACUCUCGCAACAAUCCCUCGUCUCAGUUUACCUCCAUCCCGCCAUGGACCAACAACCACCACCACCACAAACUCCUACACUUCCCACCACCUCCACUACAGCCACUGCCGAACCACCCUCACAACAACCACCACCACCAUCACAACAAGAACAACCAUCACCAUUACCCGCCACAAUCUCAACUACUCCUACCCCUUCGUCAAACCCUAACCCUAACCCUAAUCACCCCCAACCCGCGAAACCCACACUUACACCACAACCCAGACCGACCUCAUUUUCCAGACCCUGGCAGCAGCAACAGCAGCAGCCCUCACAUUUUUCUCAGUUCUCUUCCCUUCCUUCUUCCUCUUCUUCUUCUCCGUCUUCCUCUGCUUCCGCGCCGCAGAGGGGAGGUAUUGCCCUUGGGGUUCCGGCGCCCCGACCUGUGCCCUCUACUUCGCAACCCACGCCGUCCUUCUCGGCUUCUUUUGGUCAGCAGUUUGGUGGCUUAGGCCGGACUGCUGUUAACAUGCCUGAUUCAGUAUCUAAUUCCACUCCAUUGCAGGCAAGGCAACAAGUGCAAGGAAUGGGAAUGAUAGGAUCACUAGGUUCUGGUGCACAACUGCGGCCUGGUGGGAUUUCUGUUCAACACCAUCAGCAGAGGCCCACACAACAAUCAUCCCUCCGUCCACCACCAUCAUCUCCAAGUAGCCAAUCCCCUGCUACCCAGAAUUUUCAAGGUCAAGGUCUUAUGAGAGUCUCACCAGUGGCCUCCCCUAUGUCGUCUGCACCAACUGCAUCACAAAGUGUUCAGUCCCUUAACCAGCCAUGGUUGUCUUCUGGAUCACAAGGAAAGCCUCCUUUGCCACCCCCCUCUUCAUAUAGACCACAGUUGAACUCACAAUCCUUGCAGCAAAGGGCACAUAUCCCUCAGCAACAUGUUCCAUUGUCAACAACUUCACAGCAACAGCAUGUGUCAUCUGUGCAGCCACAGCAGCCCAAACCUUCUCAUCAGCCACAGGAGUCUUUUGGGCAACAAUUUCCCCCAUCAAGGGUCUCUCAAUCUUUAUCACAUCAACAACAAAUUUCAAGGGCACAGGCUUCUGCAGUUCACAAGCCUUCCUCUCUUUCAAUGGUACAACCUAGCACUGUCCGGCAGGGGACCCAGAGUAGAAUAGCCAAUGCAGAAACUGAUGAAUCUGGUAAUCAGAUUGUCGGCAAAAGAAGCAUCAAUGAGCUUGUUAACCAGAUUGAUCCAUCAGAGAGGUUGGAUCCUGAAGUUGAAGAUAUUCUUGUGGAUAUUGCAGAAGAUUUUGUGGAGUCUAUUACUACCUUUGGUUGCUCAUUAGCAAAGCAUCGGAAGUCAGAUACAUUGGAAGCGAAAGAUAUACUUCUACAUGUUGAACGAAAUUGGAAUAUGACACUUCCUGGGUUUGGUGGUGAUGAGAUUAAGACCUAUAGGAAACCGUUUACAAAUGAUAUCCACAAGGAGCGGCUUGCAGUGAUAAAGAAAUCAAUCAUGGCAACCGAAUUAACAAGUACUAAAUCUUCUGCUGGACAAGCUGCUGUAAAUUUGAAGAGUAACCUGGGAAAGAUACCUGCCAAUAUGAUAGGCUCUACAUGAACCAGUUUUUGAUGGUGCUUGAUGUUAGAUUCUUUUCUGCUAUAAAGAAGUUCCAUUUCAGCGGCAAAUUUCUCAUGUGGUUUCAUCUUCCUGUUGAGCGACGAUCUUUGAGACAGUUCUGCCAAAGUAACAAAGACCCUUGUAUCUAUUGUUGGCUGCAGAUGACUGAAAUCAAUAAUUAAAAUAAUUAUCAUAUCAGUAUGAAAAAAGAAGAAAGCAGAGAAUAUAUGAGAAUCAUUUUUUACUGCAAUAUCUUGAUUAUCCAGUUUGUUGUAGUUUAACUUAACGUACAACUCCGUCCUGAUUGCUGAAUCCACAAACUGCAUUGCAGCAUUAGGCACUCUGACCUAAGUUGAAGCAGACUACUUGGCUUCUCAGGAGGUGUGCUAUCCAUUUCUUAUCUACAAUUUCAAAAUUAUGAGCAAAAAUCAAAAUAAGCUAUUUAUGGUG